AUGUCAUUAUCUUCAACAACCCAGUGCACAAGAGAAGUCUUUACCUUUCUGACUGGUCAUUCCCCCGAUACUUGGGUUUCAAAAAGUACUUUAUCUCGAUGGAAUAAAGAAGUGGCAGAACUUGCAAUUAUUGAAAAUCUUCCAAAUUCCACUUCUACAUUUGCUUCAUAUGGAAUCCUAGCAGAUGAAAGCACAAGAGGAGAUAAAAAAAUCUUCUUAGUAUGUGUUGCACAUUGGAAUACAAUCAAAGAGGAACCUAUUAUCACAAUUCUAAGUAUGAAAGACUUGGAUUGUUGCACCUCAACCAAUUUAGAAUGCUCAAGGAAUGUUCCUGAUGGAUAUCUUCAUAAAUGGAAAACAUUCCUAGAAUUCCUACUGAAUGAAAAGUUGAAUAUAGAAAUAUUAAUAAUGAGUCCUGAUGAAAUUUUUAUAAAGGAAUUGCAGACAGCCCGUGACCUUUUAAAUGAGCAAGAAUUUCUAAAUUUGGCAGAUAAAGUACAAUUAGGUAUUGAAAAAGCUUUUGAAGCAUUCAAAAGUCUUGGAGGAGAGAGUGGUCCUGAAUUUGCUCAAGCUGUUAACCAUAUAGUAUUAUCUUAUCCUCUACCUGAUGAACCUACUACAAGAUUAAAAAAAUAUGUAAAACAGUUAAAACAAAAUUUAGAAGAAGGAAGAAGUGAUUCUUUUGGAUUAUUUGAAGCAUCGGAGCAAUAUGAGUUUAGAGAGCAAUUUGUUGCAUUUUCGAAAGCUGAUUACACCCAAAUGCAAAGAUUUCCAUUAAUAUAUGAAUUUGUUAAACAUUGA